GCCUUGUCCAACAGGCGAACCACUUCCCGGCAACGGAAGCACGCGCUUAGUACGCCAUGGGUUUCCUCCGUGCAGCGACAGAGGAGGCUGUGUGGUCGAGCGCAGGCCUCCGGUCAAGCACGGUUCGCAGAUCCACAGCCUUUGACAUUAAGGAGGAAGAGCCACCGCCACCAAAGUGCUUCAACCGCCAGGGUGAGGUGUGCAACAUGUCUGUGCUGCCUGGGGACAAAGAGAAGGAGGCUGUGCUUGACAAGCGCAUGGAGCAGCUCCAGGCUGACAUGCAGCUGAGGCCAAAGGUGUACCUCGGCAGCCAAGAUGUGAUGAGUCAAGUGGACAAAGCCAACAAGUUGUCUGAAGAUGAGCUCAACAACAUUGAGACCAAGGCGGAGGCUUACGAACGAGCCCACUUGGAGUUUGUGAAAUCCUAUCUGGGCUACAAAAAGGAGCUUCUGAACUGGAAAUCAGCAGUGCGAGGCCUUGAGGACGAUUACGCCUUGCAUUGUCGACCCUUCCACGAUGUCACCAUGGACUGCGAAAGGAAAUGGCGCUCAGCUAUGCGAAUGUGGGCGGCAAGGGAGCCUUUGCCGGACUGCAUGGUCGGGGUCGUGACACCUUAUGUGCGCAACCCCAGGCCGAAACAACGUGGAUGGCUGGAGUGGCUAUUCUGAUGAACAUACACCAAAAAUCAUGAGCAUGGUUA